UUGCAUGAGGCUGCCUCGGUAAGAAUCGAUGCGUCUGUUGGUACUGGGCUGGGCUGUACGGAAUAACGGAAAUAAAUUAGGUUAUGUUUCUGGUUUUGAUAUUUUGGUACUGAUUCCAAAAUCAUCUACCUUGUUGUGCUCAUUUGAUAACAUUUUAAUUUAAGAUGAAUCCUACAAGCGAUCAGACCGAUUCAGAUGCAGAUGUGAAAAGUUUGGCUGGAACGUCCAUUGUCGAUUUUCUACAUCAGCUUGAAGAUUAUUCGCCCACUGUUCCAGACGCAGUUACAUCGGCAUACCUUAAUUCAGCUGGUUUUGAAUCGUCUGAUCCCAGGAUUGUGCGACUGAUCUCGCUGGCGGCACAGAAGUUCAUCUGCGACAUCGCGAAUGAUGCGCUGCAACAUUGCAAGGUGCGCAGCAGCAACGUAACAGCCAGCAAGUCAGCCAAGACCAAGGAUCGGCGCUACACUCUCACCAUGGAAGACCUGGCUCCGGCCCUCGCCGAGUUCGGAAUCACCGUUCGGAAGCCGCCUUACUUUAUCUGAGUUUCGCCAAAACCGUUCAAGUAUUUUCCAAUUCACACUCGGAAAAUUCAUUGUUCACAAGUCGCCUUACUACAUCUAAGUUUCGCCAAAAUAAACUGUUUUCAAGUUGUUUGUAGGUAAUUAACACUCGGAAAAAUAAAAGUAUAUCUGCGAUACAUUCACUGCAAUAAAUAGUUUGUAAUUUACAUUCAGGAAAAUAAAGUUUCAUUUAUAAAAAUC